AUGGUCAGCAUGCUCCCACAAGUCAAAAUCACGGACGAGGUCGAUCUCGAAGAAGAAGACGAGAACAAAGUUAUGGACGAUGAAUACAAAUCGCCAGAAGUUAUUGAUGAUUGUGUUACUGUCACUGGACUGCCCAAUUCAAGAUGGAUUUCGUUAGUAAAUUUGAAGUUGAUCAAAGAAAGAAAUAAAGUUGUUGACGUCAAAGCGCCAGUAAAGGCUCCUUUCUUCCUUCCUACUGUUGCAGGCGUAUCUGGAGUCGAAUUCGAUCGAUCCGCCCUUGAGGACGAUUCUCAGUCAAAAAUUGCAUCGAACAAGAAGCCGAUGAUUUCGCUCGUUUCCGGAGUAGGCCGCCAAAUGGAGUCAUAUCUAUCCGGUAGCGAAUUAGAUGUCCUGAUGAAAAUGCUCGAAAGCUACUCGCCAUCGAAAUUGGACUCGGAGAUUAGCGCGCUUGAUCCAGAAGGAUGUUGCUCGGAGAAGCCACUUGAAGGCUUUUUGACGCUGUUGAGGGACUCUUUGAAGAAGGGAAUGUAUUGGGAUUUGUGUCAGGCGAUGUUGAGAGUCUGUUUGGCGAAGCACUUUGAGGAGAUUUUGAAAUAUGAAGGAUUGUUUGCCAUUUUGGAAGAAUGCAAAACAGCUUCUAAAGAAGGAGUUUCAUCGCUAGAAAAGGACGUAGAAGAUUGCUUAUUAUUCGCGCAAUUCGUUGUGAACAACACAAUUGCCGUCCAAGAAUGA